CACUUUUGGAUUUCAGUGAGUUCUGGUGCGGGUCAAGAUAUGCCAGUGCGUUUCUGAACAAUUUACAGUGUUUGUUAAUCAAUCAAGAUGGCACCUCAAGAUCAAGAGUCGGCGAAAAUUGAGUUGGAAUUCGGCAGGUUCCUUUCCCAUCCUCCAUCAGGCGAAGAAAUCGUCAUCUCUGGUUUAUCUGGCGUCUACCCAAACUCAUCAGAUGUGGCUGAAUUCUCCAAGAACUUGUACGAGAAAAUCGAUAUGGUCGAUGAUGAUCACAGGAGAUGGCCACCAUUCAUGCAAGAAGUGCCUCAACGUGCCGGCAAACUUUGGGAGCUGGGUAAACUGGAUGCUGGCUUCUUCGGGAUGCUCUACAAUCAGGUUCAAUCAUCGGAACCAUCAGGACGUAUCUUCCUAGAGAAGACGGUAGAAGCACUCUUUGAUGCUGGCAUCAACCCAUCGGAAAUCGAGGGCACCAAAACUGGAGUGUACGUGGGAACCUGCACCACCGACUCCGAGAAGAAGCUACUCCAGACGGACUACCCCAAUUCACUCCCCAUCAUUGGGAGCAUGAAAUCAGCCAUCAUCAACCGCAUCAGCAACUUCCUGAGGAUAGACGGAGUAUCCCUGAACAUCGACACAGCCUGCAGUAGCUCCCUGUUUGCUCUAGAAAACGCGUUCAGGGACUUACGAAUGGGCAAAUGCGACACCGCCAUCGUGGCAGGUCUGCAACUUUGCCUCCACCCCUUGGUCACCCUCCAGUUCGCCCGAUUGGGGGUGUUGGGAAUAGACGGCAAGUGCAAGUGCUUCGACGAGUCGGAAAACGGCUACGUCCGUUCCGAGGCCAUCAUCACCCUCAUCCUGCAGAAGCAAAAGGAUGCUAGGAGGUCGUACUGUACUUUGGUCCACGCCAAGACCAACGAUGACGGUUACAAGGAUCAGGGUAUAACGUUCCCCAGCAGGAACAUGCAGACCAAGUUGCUGCAGGAGUUCUACGCUGAGUGUGGGAUUGAUCCUACAACUCUGGCUUACGUGGAGGCUCAUGGUACCGGUACGCCUGUCGGUGAUCCCGAGGAGUGUGCAGCCAUUGACAAGAUUUUUGCUGGCAACAGGAAGUCACCACUUCUAAUCGGGUCUGUUAAAUCCAACAUUGGGCACACCGAGGCUUCUUCUGGCCUUUGCAGUGUCACCAAGUGCAUAAUCGCCUUCGAAAACAACUUGAUUCCACCCAAUAUACACUUCAAAAAUCCCAGGAAGGACAUUAAAGGUUUGAUGGAAGGAAGACUUUCAGUCGUAACUGAGCCAACGCCCUUCAAAAGUGAUAACGGACUUAUAGCUAUUAAUUGCUUCGGCUUUGGAGGUGCCAACUGUCACACCUUGCUCAAACAAAACCCUAAGGAGAAGAAACCUACAAGUGAUGACAUACCCCGACUUGUAUGCGUCAGUGCUAGAACAAGAGAAGGAAUUGACAAACUUCUUGACAGUGUCGUAGAAAAUCGUUUCGACAAAGAACACAUUGGACUCUUACACAAAAUUUUCAAGGGUGUUGUCAGAAAUCAUGUAUAUAGAGGUUACUUGGUCUGCUCAGAAACUGAUGAACUAGAACGUUCAAUUACAUCUUUAUCCCAACAACAACAUUCUUUAGGCUUAGUCUUUGCCAAUAUUGAAGAUCAAUGGAAAAAGGUGGGCAAGGAUUUGUUGGUACUUCCCAAAUUCGCCGAAACUAUCUCCACAAUUAACGAGAUUCUCAGGUCCCAAAACCUGUCCAUCUACGAUUAUCCCGAAACAAGACAAGACUUGAUACAGCAGACAGUUUUGGGAAGCAUUGCUGUGCAACUUGGUGUAGCUGAAGUUUUGAAGAACUUGGACCUGGAUGCCAAACAUGUUAUUGGCGAAGGUAUCAAUCAACUUGCUGCCCUGUAUUACCAAGAUAAAGUGUCUUUGGAAGAAAGCAUUGCUGUGGCUGCCUCCGUAGCUGAAGUCUUGGGCAAAACCAAGGAAUCAUGUGUCAACUAUUUGGUGGAAAUCAAUUCACAAAAGGUGGAGAAUCUGUGCAAUAACUUUAACCUGUCAGUGGCAGAAGUUGGAAAUGCGAGUGUAAUAUCAGGUUACAAGAAAGACGUUGAGCCUUGCGUCAAAAUUUUGAAGCAAAACAACGUACAAUGUGAAAAACUGGGCAACCAACUUCUAAACUUUGAUUCUCCUCUGUUUGUUCAAAGCAAGCCAGCUUUGAUUCAAAAAUUGUCAACGAAAAUCACAACCACCAAAACAGCAAGUGUCGUUGAGAACUUCAUCACAGACUUGUCCAACGUACAGUUCUUCAAAAAACUGAGGAACAUCGAUGAAGAGUCAACGUUGUUGGAAGCUGGAAACGGCUUCAGCCGCAAAGUCUUGCAAGACAACAACGUCGACAUCAGUGUGGUGGAAGCAGGCUUCACAGAAAACGACAACAACUUAAACGAAUUCCUGUCCUCAGUAGGAAAGCUUUACGAACGUGGCUACCAACCAACAUUAGAAAAUCUUUAUCCUAAAAUCGAGUUCCCAGUUAGCAGAGGCACCCCAAUGAUCUCCCCGUACAUUUGCUGGAACCACGACGAAAGCUGGUUCGUACCGAACUUCGCCAACCCCUACGCCGACAUGACGACCAUCAAACGAUUCACCAUCCACUCCACCGGAUACGAGAACUGGGAGUUCGUCCAAGGACACGUCAUCGACGGCAGAACCAUUUUCCCUGCAGCCGGAUACUUGAAGCUGGCCUGGCUGACUUUGUCGCAACUCGAGGGCAAAACCUUGGAGGAACGUCCGGUCACUUUUGAGAACUGCAGGUUCAUCAGGUCUUGCAUCGUACCCAAACAAGAAAAAGUGGAGUUCACCGUGAGGCUCCAACGGGGAAGUGGAAUGUUCGAAAUCACCGAAAAUGAGCAAACCGUGGUGACGGGCAAAAUCAGCGACGCACCGGAGGAGAAGGAAUGCGGCCACUUCGUGGAAGGCGACAACGACAUCUUGCUCAAGACCAAAGAUGUGUACAAAGAACUCAGACUUAGGGGCUACAACUACUCGGGUGACUUCAGAGCAAUAACUGAGUGCAAUACAUCAGCAACUCAGGGCAAAAUCAGAUGGACUGGAGAGUGGGUAACAUUCAUCGAUAAUAUGCUGCAAAUGAAGAUCUUGGGGCUUGACACCAGGUUGCUGUUUGUACCCAUUAGCAUCGAAAAAAUGAUCAUCCAUCCCAAGGCUCAUUUGGAAGCUUGCAAAGGCCUAGGUGAAUCACCGGAAAUUCCUGUCUAUUCCUUCAUUGAGAGCAACAUAGUCCAAUCCGGAGGAAUUGACAUACGAGGUCUAAUUGCUAGUAUAAUACCAAGGAAGAAAGUACUAGCCGAACCAGUCUUGGAGAAGCACACGUUCGUACCAAAUGAAUCCAACUUAUCCUUGGAGAACGCCAUACGUGUUAACACGCAAAUUUUAUACGAAAACACUUUGUUGCUUAAGGUUAAAGGAAUAGAAGUAGUGGACGAAGCUAGUAAAAAUGGCGCCCAGUUGUUAAGCCCUCUGAUUUGCUCAGCUUUGGAAGACAUGCCCUUGAUACAACCAACUCUAACAGUCUUCUCCAAGAGCACCUUCGAAGACCUACCCAGCCACAUUAAAGUUGAAGACAAACUUAUAGAAUCCGAGUCUGAUUGUGCUGUAGUUGUUGGCAGCAAAAUUUUGUCCAGGCCUGAAGUUAGAGACAAGUGCUUCAAAGUUUUAAAAGAUGGUGGCUUCAUAAUCUCCAGGGAAGACUUAAACGCAGAAAUAGUUGAUGAAGCAAUUGAUGUGAUCACAGUGUACAGGACUGACUCAGAGACGCUUGUGUUGUUCAAGGAAAAGUCCAAAAAGGUACAGAAAACCUACAUCGACAUCAGUUCCAAGAACGAAGUGGAGCAGUGGUUGCCCAAACUUCAGAGGACCAUCCAGAACCAAAAGAACUUAACUGUUUAUGCACAAGAAGACCCAGACAAUGGAAUUUUAGGUUUUGUUAACUGUCUGAGACAAGAACCAGGCAACCAACAAGUAAAGGGAGUCUUCAUCCAAGACACCAAAGCUCCAAUAUUUGAUCCACAAUCACCUUUCUAUUCGAAGCAAUUGGAGAAGAACAUUGCUGUCAACGUUUACAAAGAUGGACAAUGGGGCACCUACAGGCAUUUACUUUUAGACAACGUAGAGGUCGAAAAUCCUCACAUUUUCUGCUCGGUGGAAACACCUGGAGACUUGUCCUCCUUGCACUGGAGGGAAGGUCACAUAACCAACAUGGACGACUCGAACAUCGUGCAAGUCUACUAUGGGGGCGUGAACUUUAAAGAUGUCAUGUUGGCCAGUGGUAAAUUGCAGCUACGCCUGGACAGGCUUCUACAGGACGACCCUUAUGGGCUUGAAUUCGCUGGAAGAGACCAAGAAGGCAGAAGAGUCUUUUGUAUGGGACAAACAAGGAGCAUGACCACAGUGGCCCAGUCGUUCCCAGUGUUCACCUUCCAAAUUCCUGACCACUGGACUAUGGAGGAGGCUGCAACCGUUCCCUGCGUUUACCUCACCGUCCUUUACUCCCUGUUCGAAAAAGGUAACCUAAAACGGGGCGAGAGCAUUUUGAUACACUCUGGCUCUGGAGGCGUUGGACAGGCUGCAAUCUACAUAGCCCAGUACUACGGCUGCAAGAUAUUUACUACAGUGGGUACCGCAGAAAAAAGAGAGUUCCUGAAGAAGAAGUUCCCAGGCCUAACAGAUGAUGUAAUAUUCUCAUCAAGAGACGCAUCAUUCGAAUCAAACAUUAGAAAGGCAACCGGAGGCAAAGGCGUGGACUUAGUCCUCAAUUCCCUGUCAGACGAGCUACUAUUCGCUUCAGUCAGAUGCUUGGCAAGAGGAGGCAGGUUCUUGGAAAUCGGCAAGUACAACCUGACCCUCAACACCCCAAUAGGCAUCCACAUGUUCGAAAACGAGCAAAGUUACCACGGCAUAGGAGCCGACACUCUUUCAAACGAAGCUAAUUGGAGGGCACGUGAGUUACUGAUCGAACACAUCAAAAACGGAGCCAUCCAACCUUUGGAUCGCACCGUUUUCACCACCGAUGAACUGGAGAAGGCCUUCAGAUUCAUGACCACCGGCAAACACAUGGGUAAAGUACUGAUCAAGUUCAGGGAUGAGGAGGACGCGUUGGUGCUGAAGGUUAAGCCUGAGCCCAGGACUUGCGUUCCCAAGUUCCACUGCGACCCAAACAAGGUCCAGGUUAUACUCGGUGGUUUGGGUGGUUUUGGACUUGAGCUGGCGGAUUGGUUGGUUGUUAGGGGUGCCAAAAACUUAUUGCUGACCUCCAGGACCGGCGUGAAGACUGGUUACCAAGCCUUAAGGAUCAAGACUUGGAAGUCGUAUGGCGUUAACGUCAAGAUUUCCACCGCCAAUAUUACAACCAAAAAGGGCUGCAGCGACCUAAUACGUGAGGCUCAAUCAAUUGCACCCAUUGAAAGCAUAUUUAACUUGGCUGUAGUGCUGAGGGAUGCUCUGUUGGAGAACCAGACAGCCAACGACUUCAAAUUGUCGCUUGAGCCUAAGGCAACUGCCACUAAAUACCUGGAUGAGCUCACCAGACAGUUCUGCCCGGACUUAAGGAACUUUGUGGUGUUCUCCUCCGUCUCCUGUGGAAGAGGAAACGCCGGACAAACCAACUACGGUAUGUCUAACUCAGUGAUGGAAAGAAUCUGUGAAAAACGACACAAAGAUGGCUUUGCAGCCACCGCCAUACAAUGGGGAGCGAUUGGAGAGGUUGGUCUAGUGGCGGACAUGCAGGAGGAGCACGUGGAAAUACAAAUCGGUGGCACCCUCCAACAAAGAAUCGCCAACUGCAUGAAGUGCAUGGACCUCCUUCUAAGACAGAGCUCACCCAUUGUUUCCAGCAUGGUUGUGGCCGAAAAGAAAGUCGGAAGCUCCGGAAACGGUGAUAUAGUAGCAACUGUGGCAACUAUUUUAGGAUUAAAGGAUUUGAAGAGUAUUAGUAUGCACGCAACCUUAGCAGAAAUUGGCAUGGACUCCAUGACAGGAGUGGAGGUAAAACAAACCCUAGAACGUGAAUUUGACAUAUUUUUAACCACGCAGGACAUGAGGAACAUCACCUUCACCAAGCUGCAAGAAAUCCAGGCCAAGAGAGAUUUGCCCUCAGAAGAAGACAGUGUAGAAGACAUAGUGGGAGUGAACGCCCUCUUCAGCUUAAUAGGGGACGAAAAACUUUUAGAACAACCUGUGGUGAAACUAGAGUCUAGAAGUCCUCAGUCUGAAAGGGACGUCAUCUUGUAUCCGGGUGGAGAAGGUGUCUCCACUAGUUUCAUAGAGUUGGCCAAGAAUUUGUCCUUCAAUAUCUUAAGUGUGCAGUACUGCUUCAAGUACAACCAAAACUCAGUUGUGGAACUAGCCCGUGAUGUCCUACAGGACCUUAAACCAUACUUAUCCAAAGAUAGACCCUUCAGCAUAUUAGGAUACUCGUUUGGAAGCCUCCUGGCUUUGGAGACGGUUAAGAUUUUAGAACAGGAGGGCUACAAGGGACAGCUGUUAAUUUUAGACGGAGGCCCACACCUCACCAAAGAACUGACCAAAGCGUUCAACGUGGAGGACGACAACCUUUUGGAAACCAUGAUCAUCACCCACGUUUACUCAAUUUACUACACCAAGGAGCAGGUUGACCAAAUCAUGCCCAAAUUGUUGGCGUGCAAGACCCUGGAGGACAAGAUAAACUUGUCGGUGGAGGAACUGAAGGGAAGGAUUGAGUUCUCCUUCGACCACCUGUACAGGAACACCAAGGCCUUACUGAGCAGAGUUAGGGCCGUGCAAAAUUACCAGCCCACCCAAUACAAUUACCAAAGCGAGGUGACUUUGGUGAAGCCCCUGAAUACCGUCAACAGUCUACCCGAGGAUUACCACCUGGGGCAACUAACUGGCAGGAACGUUGAAGUGUUUACUGUUGAGGGCAACCACAACAGCAUCGUGAACAGUCUGGAGGUGGCCGAGGUGAUCAACAAAGUUUUUGGAGUCGAAUGAUUGUUUAUGUGUAACUGGAAGUAUUUAAUAAAUG